UGUGAUCAAAGACUCGUCAUGAAAUGUACGGGAACUUUUCAAAAAGUGGACUUUUCGGCAAUGGACGUAGGACCGGGAAACGGAUCUACUACUCUACUAUUCGUAGUAAUCGAGUGGGUAUUUGAUGGCUGUGUGUUGGGUCGGGGGAUUUUUUAUUGCGAUUUUCUCGUAUAAAGGACCUUUGGCUUCUUGCUGUCCCUUCCUUUGUUUCUUGCUAACUAGCCCAUUCACACUCUAACGACUGAUACUUCUGCUCUUCAAACACUAUCGAGUUUUCAUUUAUUGAAUGCGAUACGAUCUUUCGUAUCCAUUCCCUUCCAUCCCUCCCCCCAAUCCAUCGCACAUGUGUCUGCCCUCAUGGAUGCAGUCAUCUCACGAUGCAGGAUGGGGAGGAGAAGAUGGUUACAAUGUCAUGCCUCCAAGCAUGAACAUGUUUGACACUUGUCUGAUGACCACCACGGCAGCGACAACGACAUAUCCUGUAUGGCAAAUGACGGACAUGGCGGCGGCGGCCGCAGUACCGACGACGACAAUGCCUUGGACGAGUGAGAUGGAUGCAUUCCAGACGCCGCUGCCUCUCGACAUUCCCUACUGGGAUCCGACGCUGAUCAACGACGCGUCAUAUCCACCAGAACUGCAAGACCUCUCGUCGCAGCAGUAUCCUGAACAGCAGCAGCAGCAGGACUUUUCCUGGUCAUCCGCUUCCUCGUCUUCCUCUUCAUCGUCUCCUUUAUCACCGUUUGAAGCACCUCAUCACAAUCUUCCCCCACUUCUCCCCUCCCUUCCUCUCUGGAAUGUUGCGUCGUCGCCGCCACCGCUCCCACCACCUCCACCUUCCCCCGCAGCUCAGAAAGUACGCACAUUCCACUGCCAGACGUGCCCAAAAUCAUUUGCCCGCAAACAGGACCUCAAACGACACAUUGUCACUCAUAUGCCAGGCUACAAGCCCUUCCGGUGCUACAACUGUGGAACAGGCUUCACGAGAAGUGAUGCCGUUCACAGGCAUUUGAAGGCCAGGAGGUGCAUGUAAUGCACUUGUUUUAUUUUUUCGUUUUUUUCUUGUAUACUUUGAUACCUCAUGUAGAUAUGUGAACUUUUCGUCUUCCUCUCUCGCGACAGGAACUGUCUCGUACUUCUAUGUAGCAUAACUCGCCAUUCUCUUGGUUGCUUUGCGUUUGACCUUUUUAUGUGGAUGCGUUUCUUUUUUGCGUUUGGAGGAAACCUCAUUUUGUUGUAGAUAUCUUAUCUUGGUUGUUUGCGUUGGCCGUAUUAAGUCAGGUUGAAUACGCCCUACGUUGGUUUGCGCUGAUGCCUUGAUAAUUGGGAAUACCUCAUCUGUACAUGUACAAAUUGUAGUAGCAUUGCCUUUGUCUUGAUCUCGGAUGGUUGCGUUGCCCUUGUAUUAGUCCUCGCAGAGCUCAAGUUCUUUCUCAUAAUUAACAGGUGGGACGACUAUACGAAGGCGAAAGUCAUUGUCUUGGGGGCAUCUCCGCCAACUGUUUACGUUCAACUUAUAUCGCGGGGAUUACCACUCUUUUAUCGCAUUUUGCACGUUCAAGGAACUGUUUGAACACAUUCGAUAUCUGCCGACAACACUCGUUCGAUUUAGCGUUACUGGUCUCUUUUGUGCGGGAUAACAUCUGUGCUGGCUCCUCGAUGACUCCUUGAUCGUGAUGAGUCAGCAACGUGGCGAUGGAACUUCCACAUCGUUUUCAUUCCAAGUCUUCUCGUCCUGCUACCACCUCCAUCGAAAGAUCGAAACUCUUUUCUACGAUAGCGAGACAAUAUAGCGGCGUGCUGAUCUGCAGUUUAGGACAUUACUUGACGAACGUUUGGGGCACUCGGCACUUGAUUCCGUGCCAGAUCAAAAAGUUCCCACGCACCGGUUUCGUCUGCAACGUUGCGAUAAACAGAAUGCCUUCUCGCGCAACAACCUCAACCACAGGGUCCUUGUCUAUACAAGGUCUCUUUCAAACUACGCAAACCACAACACGGUUCCUAUCGUCCCUGAACGGUCUUCCCCAGCGGCAAACCUCCUCCCGCUCGGAGAGCCGUCAAAUUCAACGCUUGUCACGUCCCCGUCAGGAAGCGGUCCACUUUACCUCCACAAACGUGAGAAUCACUUGCGCCAUUUGUUUAACCGGACAUGUCCUGAGUGUUAUGGUUCCUUGCGGGCAUAUUGCUGUAUGUGACAAUUGUAUUGAGAGGUCUGUUGCUGAGAAUGGUAAAUGCCCCGUUUGUAGAUGCUUUGUGGGAAAACGUGUAAAGUUUUUCGUUUGUGGUGCUGUUACCGAUGCUGCAUAGAUGACACGCAGGCUUUUUCACGAUUUAUUUUAGAUACUCGGUUGAAUGGGUAGAAUACUUUUUCUAUGACAUAUUUAGUUUUUACAAAACGUCAUCUGGUGAUAAUGGUCAAUCGGGUUUUAUCUUUUUAACAAGUUAACUUUGUAACCUGGC